AUGGAACCAAGAGGAGGGUGCUUCACAUUUUCAUGCAUCCUUUGGCCAUGGUCUUUCAGCCUUUUGCUUCCUCUGCUAUUGUUUUCUUCACGAGGCUUAUCAGCUUCCCUAUCAGACGCUCGUUCCACUGAUCACCUUGCCCUCCUCUCCUUCAAGUCCUUCGUCUACGAUGAUCCAUCCAAAGCGUUGGCUUCCUGGAACAGCUCCCUCCAUUUCUGCCAGUGGCAAGGGGUGAGGUGCCACAACCGUAGUGGUGAACCGAGGGUCGCAGCUUUGGAGCUGGUGUCUCUGCACUUGGCGGGCGCGUUGUCACCAUCCCUAGCCAACCUCACCUUCCUCCGGAGACUCGACCUCUCCACCAACAGUCUUCAGGGUCCCAUUCCCCAAGAGCUCGGACUUUUGUCCCACCUUCGGCAUCUCUGGCUGGACAAUAAUUCUCUCGAUGGGACGAUCCCUUUCUCUCUGUUUCAGAAUUGCUCCAAACUUCAAACCUUCAACCUGCGGCUUAACAAUUUGAUUGGGGCUGUCCCACGCAAUCUCAGAGAUUGUUUGGAGCUACAAAUUAUUCGUUUGGAUAACAAUGGGCUUGAAGGAGAGAUCCCCAGUGAUCUCGGUUCCCUGUCGAAGCUUUCCUGGCUCGACCUCUGGAGUAAUAGCCUCGCAGGGAGCAUUCCUCCACAGAUUGGCAAUCUUGCAAGCCUAACAUUACUUUCCUUGGCCGGCAACAAUCUCAACGGCCCCAUUCCUGCUGCCAUAGGAAACCUCUCCUCUCUUAGCCAACUUGUUUUGUCAAAUAGGAGCAUUCCUCCACAGAUUGGCAAUCUUGCAAGCCUAACAUUACUUUCCUUGGCCGGCAACAAUCUCAACGGCCCCAUUCCUGCUGCCAUAGGAAACCUCUCCUCUCUUAGCCAACUUGUUUUGUCAAAUAGUCAACUUACAGGAGCCAUCCCAGCUACAAUAGGGAACCUCUCCUCUCUUACCUGGCUUGAUCUGUCAAAUAAUUCUCUUGCAGGGGCCAUCCCACCUGAAAUUGGGAAUCUUGUUCACCUUGGAUAUCUCGAUUUGCAUAUUAACCAUCUCAACGGCACCAUCCCAUCUGAGAUAGGGAACCUUGUGAAUUUGACCGCUUUGUUCUUAGGUGGCAACCAACUGAGUGGCACCAUUCCAAUAAGUUUGGGGCACCUACAAAGUUUAAAGACAUUGAUACUCACCAGUAAUAAGCUGGAAGCAAGGAAUGCCGCUGAGUGGAGCUUUUUAGAUGCCUUGACCAACUGCACCCGUUUUGCUGUAUUGGGUAUCGCAUACAACAAUCUAGGUGGCAUGCUGCCAAAAUCCAUAGCCAAUUUGUCUACAACUCUUAUAUGGCUAAACUUGUAUGACAACCAAAUAUAUGGGAGCAUUCCUGCAGAGAUUGGAAAUCUUAUUAACUUGAACACAAUUGGCAUGUGGUCGAACCUUCUCAGUGGUACCAUUCCUGCGUCACUGGGAAGCCUGGUUAGAUUAGAAACAUUAAAGUUGGGCGCAAACAAAUUGGUGGGAGAAAUCCCGGUAACUCUGGGUAACCUGACCAGAUUAAGCAGUCUUAGUCUGGCCAGCAAUGAAUUGUAUGGAUCCAUUCCUUCGACUCUCGGAAAGUGCCCUCUAGAAACCUUGGAUCUUGCAUCCAACAAGUUAAACGGUACGGUGCCCAAAGACAUCAUGUUCAUCCCCACCUUCAACAAGUACCUCAAUGUUUCACACAAUUCACUGUCAGGAUUCCUGCCUUUAGAAAUUGGAAAGUUAAUAAACAUCCAAACCAUUGAUGUCUCCGAUAAUAGAUUGUCCGGUGGCGUGCCCAGCACUAUUUCUGAAUGUGAGGUCCUGGAAAAUCUUUACAUGCAGGGGAAUCUUUUCCAGGGAUCCAUUCCUUCAUCAUUGAACCAGCUAAAAGGGCUGCAAGUGCUGGACCUUUCGAGCAAUAACUUGUCCGGUCAGAUACCGAAUUUCCAUAACAUGACUUAUCUCAAUCUCUCCUACAACAACUUGGACGGUGAAGUGCCAAAAGUCGGGGUCUUCAGCAAUGCAAGUGCAUUCUCAGUAGCAGGAAACAACAAUCUCUGCGGGGGUGUUCGAGAGCUUGGCUUGAGACUAUGCCCUGACCAAGCAUCAAAGAAGAAACAUCUGUCUGGGAAGCUGAUCGCGGUCAUCUCACUUGCAGCAGGAAUUUUAUGCGUCAUCUUUCUUCUCUCUUUGUUUGCAGCUCGUUGGUGGUUCCACAAGUCGAGGACACAUUCUCCCGUAGCCUCAUGCAUCAAAGAACAACAUAGGAAGGUCUCUUUUGCGGAGCUGCUCAGAGCAACAGAUGGAUUUUCGCCUGCUAAUCUGAUUGGAAUGGGAAGCUUCGGCUCUGUGUACAAAGGAACCAUGGAUUGGGAAGACCACAAGGCUGUCGCAGUGAAGGUACUCAACCUCCUGCAAAGAGGGGCUUCAAGAAGCUUCACAGCUGAAUGCGAAGCUUUGAGAAAUAUCAGGCAUCGGAAUCUGGUCAAGGUACUAACAUCAUGCUCAGGUGUUGAUUUCCGAGGGAAUGACUUCAAAGCUCUAGUUUUUGAGUUAUUGCCAAAUGGCAGUCUGGACAAGUGGCUCCAUCCUGAAGCGGAUGAACGGGGCACAUCACGAACACUAAGCCUCAUCCAGAGAAUGAAUAUAUCGAUCGACGUGGCUUCUGCACUGGGGUAUCUUCAUCACCAUGGUCCAACCCCUAUCGUCCAUUGUGAUCUCAAACCGAGCAAUAUUCUUCUGGAUCAUGACAUGGUUGCACAUGUGGGUGACUUUGGAUUGGCAAGGUUCCUGAGCACAACUGUCAGCAAGUCAUUCCAGAGAUCAACAAAUUCAGUCACAUUGAAAGGGUCCAUCGGCUAUGCUGCUCCAGAGUAUGGGAUGGCCAAUAAGGUUUCAGUUCAAGGGGAUGCAUACAGUUUUGGAAUACUCUUGCUGGAGAUGUUCACCGGUAAGCGGCCUACCGAUGAUAGCUUAAAAGGUCUGAACCUUCAUCAAUAUGUUGAGAUGGCAGUUCCAGAGAAAUUUGUUGAGAUCAUAGACCCAUGCUUGUUAUCCGAAGAAGGAGAAACAGAAGCAGAAGCAGAUCGCAUUAAUCCAUCAACAAGUGAAUUAAGUACGAGAGCACUAGAGUGCAUUACUUCAGUGCUUAGAGUUGGUAUUUUAUGUUCCAAGGAAUCACCAAAAGAGCGAAUGCACAUGGAACAUGUCAUAAGAGAACUGCAUGAUAUCAGGGAUGCAAUUCUGUGA